CUGGACGCCGGAGCAGCAGCGGACUCUGGGACCUUCUGCCAGCGCCGAGGGGACUCUAGCUUUAGGGGCUCUUCGCAGGCCCUGGGCGUGCCGAGGGACGGGACCGGCGAAGAUGACGUGGAUCUGUCUGUCCUGCAUGCUCUGGCCAGAGGAUCUGGAGGCCCCCAAAACCCACAACUUCAAGGUGAAGACCUUCAAGAAGGUGAAGCCCUGUGGGAUCUGCCGUCAGGUCAUCACCCAUCAAGGCUGCACCUGCAAAGUCUGCAGCUUCUCCUGUCAUCGGAAAUGCCAGGCCAAGGUGGCUGCCCCCUGUGUUCCUCCAUCCAACCAUGAGCUGGCGCCCGUCACCACUGAGAAUGCACCAAAGAAUGUAGUGGACACGGGAGAAGGUGCCUCCCGGGGUGGAAACACACGGAAAAGCCUUGAGGACAACGGCUCCACCAGGGUCACCCCGAGCAUCCAACCCCUUCUCCAACCCAUCAGAAACAUGAGUGUGAGCCGGACCAUGGAGGACAGCUGUGAGCUGGACCUGGUGUACGUCACAGAGAGGAUUAUCGCUGUCUCCUUCCCCAGCACAGCCAACGAGGAGAACUUCCGGAGCAACCUCCGUGAGGUGGCCCAGAUGCUCAAGUCCAAACAUGGAGGCAACUACCUGCUGUUAAACCUCUCUGAGCGAAGACCUGACAUCACGAAGCUUCAUGCCAAGGUACUGGAAUUUGGCUGGCCCGACCUCCACACCCCAGCCCUGGAGAAGAUCUGCAGCAUCUGUAAGGCCAUGGACACAUGGCUCAGUGCAGACCCCCAUAAUGUCAUUGUUCUUCACAACAAGGGAAACCGAGGCAGGAUAGGAGUUGUCAUAGCGGCUUACAUGCACUACAGCAACAUUUCUGCCAGCGCGAACCAGGCUCUGGACCGGUUUGCGAUGAAACGGUUCUAUGAGGAUAAGAUCGUGCCCAUUGGUCAGCCAUCCCAAAGAAGGUACGUGAAUUACUUCAGCGGCCUGCUCUCGGGCUCCAUCAAAAUGAACAACAAGCCCUUGUUUCUACACCACGUGAUCAUGCACGGCAUCCCCAACUUUGAGUCUAAAGGAGGAUGUCGGCCGUUUCUCCGCAUCUACCAGGCCAUGCAACCUGUAUACACGUCUGGCAUCUACAACAUUCCAGGAGACAGCCAGACCAGCGUCUGCAUUACCAUUGAGCCAGGAUUGCUCUUGAAGGGAGACAUCUUGCUGAAGUGCUACCACAAGAAGUUCCGAAGCCCAGCUCGAGACGUCAUCUUCCGCGUGCAGUUCCACACCUGUGUCGUCCACGACCUGGGGGUUGUCUUUGGGAAGGAGGACCUCGAUGAUGCUUUCAAAGAUGAUCGAUUUCCAGAAUAUGGCAAAGUGGAGUUUGUAUUUUCUUACGGACCAGAAAAAAUUCAAGGAAUGGAGCACCUGGAGAAUGGGCCGAGCGUGUCUGUGGACUAUAACACCUCUGACCCCCUCAUCCGCUGGGACUCUUACGACAACUUCAGUGGGCAUCGAGAUGACGGCAUGGAGGAGGUGGUGGGACACACGCAGGGGCCACUGGAUGGGAGCCUGUAUGCCAAAGUGAAGAAGAAGGACUCCCUGCACGGCAGCACCGGGGCUGUUAAUGCCACACGUCCUACACUGUCGGCCACCCCCAACCACGUGGAGCACACGCUUUCUGUGAGCAGUGACUCGGGCAACUCUACAGCCUCCACCAAGACAGACAAGACUGAUGAGCCUGUCCCCGGGGCCUGCAGUGCUCCUGCUGCCCUGAGUCCCCAGGAGAAGCGGGAGCUAGACCGCCUGCUGAGCGGCUUUGGCUUAGAGCGAGAGAAGCAAGGCGCCAUGUACCACGCCCAGCACCUCAGGUCCCGCCCAGCGGCAGGCCUGGCUGUGCCCUCCCCUGGACGCCACGUUGUCCCAGCCCAGGUUCAUGUCAAUGGUGGGGCGUUGCCAUCUGAGCGGGAGACAGACAUCCUGGAUGAUGAGUUGCCAAACCAGGAUGGGCACAGUGCGGGCAGCAUGGGCACACUGUCUUCCCUGGACGGGGUCACCAACACCAGUGAGGGGGGCUACCCAGAGGCCCUGUCCCCACUGACCAAUGGUCUGGACAAGCCCUACCCCAUGGAGCCUAUGGUCAAUGGAGGAGGAUACCCCUACGAGUCCGCCAGCCAGGCAGGGCCUGCCCAUGCUGGCCACACGGCCCCCAUGCGGCCCUCCUACUCUGCCCAGGAGAGUUUAGCUGGCUACCAGCGGGAGGGGCCCCACCCAGCCUGGCCACAGCCAGUGACCACCUCCCACUAUGGCCAUGACCCCAGCGGUAUGUUCCGCUCUCAAUCCUUUUCGGAAGCUGAACCCCAGCUGCCCCCAGCUCCAGCCCGAGGGGGAAGCAGCCGGGAGGCUGUGCAGAGGGGGCUAAAUUCAUGGCAGCAGCAGCAGCAGCCUCGCCCACCUCCACGCCAGCAGGAAAGAACCCACUUGGAGAGUCUUGUAACCAGCAGGCCCAGCCCUCAGCCAUUGGCAGAGACCCCCACCCCCAGUCUCCCUGAGUUCCCUCGGGCAGCCUCCCAGCAGGAGAUUGAACAGUCCAUCGAAGCACUCAAUAUGCUGAUGCUGGACCUGGAGCCAGCCUCGGCUGCUGCCCCGCUACAUAAGUCCCAGAGUGUCCCUGGGGCCUGGCCAGGGGCUUCCCCACUCUCCUCCCAGCCCCUCUCCGGAUCCUCCCGUCAGUCCCAUCCACUGACUCAGUCCAGAUCGGGCUACAUCCCCAGUGGGCAUUCCUUGGGAACCCCUGAGCUGGCCCCACGGGCCUCCCUGGAGUCUGUCCCUCCUGGCAGGUCUUACUCACCUUAUGAUUAUCAGCCAUGUUCAGCUGGGCCUAACCAGGAUUUCCGUUCCAAGAGCCCAGGCUCUUCCUCCUUGCCUGCCUUCCUUCCGACCACCCACAGCCCUCCAGGGCCUCAGCAACCCCCAGCCUCUCUCCCUGGCCUCACUGCUCAGCCUCUGCUCUCACCAAAAGAAGUGACUUCAGACCCCUCCCGGACUCCAGAGGAGGAGCCAUUGAAUUUGGAAGGGCUGGUGGCCCACAGGGUAGCAGGGGUACAGGCUCGGGAGAAGCAGCCUGCAGAACCCCCAGCCCCUCUGCGGAGGCGGGCGGCCAGUGAUGGACAGUAUGAGAACCAGUCUCCAGAAGCCACAUCCCCCCGUAGCCCUGGGGUUCGCUCCCCUGUCCACUGUGUCUCCCCUGAGCUGGCUCUUACCAUCGCUCUUAAUCCUGGAGGGCGGCCCAAAGAGCCCCAUCUGCACAGCUACAAGGAGGCCUUCGAGGAGAUGGAGGGAGCCUCCCCCAGCAGCCCACCGCCCAGUGGGGUGCGGUCCCCUCCGGGUCUGGCCAAGACACCCCUGUCUGCUCUGGGCCUGAAACCCCACAACCCAGCGGACAUCCUGUUGCACCCCACAGGCGAGCCCCGGAGCUAUGUCGAAUCUGUGGCGCGGACGGCUGUGGCUGGGCCCCGAGCUCAGGACUCUGAGCCUAAGAGCUUUAGCACCCCAGCCACCCAGGCCUAUGGCCAUGAGACACCCCUGAGGAAUGGGACCCUAGCUGGCUCCUUUGUGUCCCCCAGCCCCCUCUCCACCAGCAGCCCCAUCCUCAGUGCUGACAGUACUUCCGUGGGGAGCUUCCCAUCAGGAGAGGGCAGCGACCAGGGUCCCUGGACACCCACCCAGCCUUUGUUGGAGUCUGGCUUCCGCUCCGGCAGUCUGGGACAGCCCAGCCCAUCCGCCCAGAGAAACUACCAGAGAUCUCCCCUCCCGACUGUGGGCAGCAGCUACAGCAGCCCCGACUACUCGCUGCAGCAAUUCAGCUCCUCUCCGGAAAGCCAGGCCCCAGCUCAGUUCAGUGUGGCUGGUGUCCACACAGUGCCUGGGAGCCCUCAGGCGCGCCACAGAACAGUGGGCACCAACACUCCCCCCAGUCCUGGCUUCGGCCGCCGGGCCAUCAACCCCAGCAUGGCUGCCCCCAGCAGUCCCAGUUUGAGCCAUCGCCAGGUGAUGGGUCCACCAGGUACUGGCUUCCAAGGUAGCACGGUCUCCAGCCCCCAGAGCAGUGCCGCGACCACCCCAGGGAGCCCCAGCCUGGGUCGGCACCCAGCUGGGGCCCACCAGGUUUCUGGCCUCCACAACAAUGUGGCCACCACCCCAGGGAGUCCCAGCCUGGGCCGGCACCCUGGGGCUCACCAAGGCAAUCUGGCCUCCAGUCUCCAUGGCAAUGCGAUAGCCAGCCCUGGAAGCCCUAGCCUGGGCCGGCACCUGGGGUCUGGAUCUGUGGUUCCCGGCAGCCCCUGCUUGGACCGGCAUGUGGCCUAUGGUGGCUACUCCAUCCCCGAGGACCGAAGACCCACACUGUCCCGGCAGAGCAGUGCCUCUGGCUAUCAGGCUCCUUCCACGCCCUCCUUCCCUGUCUCCCCUGCCUACUACCCUGGCCUGAGCAGUCCCACCACCUCCCCCUCACCGGACUCAGCAGCCUUCAGGCAAGGGAGCCCAACGCCAGCCUUGCCAGAGAAGCGAAGGAUGUCGGUGGGAGACCGGGCAGGCAGCCUCCCUAACUAUGCCACCAUCAACGGGAAGAUGUCUUCGCCUGUCGCCAGCGGCAUGUCCAGUCCCAGCGGGGGCAGCACCGUCUCCUUCUCCCACACUCUGCCCGACUUCUCCAAGUACUCCAUGCCAGACAACAGCCCGGAGACACGGGCUAAAGUGAAGUUUGUCCAGGACACUUCUAAAUAUUGGUACAAACCUGAGAUCUCCAGGGAGCAGGCCAUCGCGCUCCUCAAGGACCAGGAGCCAGGGGCCUUCAUCAUCCGUGACAGUCACUCCUUCCGAGGCGCCUAUGGGCUGGCCAUGAAGGUGUCUUCGCCGCCUCCAACCAUCAUGCAGCAGAAUAAAAAAGGAGACAUGACCCAUGAGCUGGUCAGGCAUUUUCUGAUAGAGACCGGCCCCAGAGGAGUCAAGCUCAAGGGCUGCCCCAACGAGCCAAAUUUCGGAUCUCUGUCUGCCCUGGUCUACCAGCACUCCAUCAUCCCAUUGGCCCUGCCUUGCAAGCUGGUCAUUCCAAACCGAGACCCCACAGAUGAGUCGAAAGAUAGCUCUGGCCCUGCCAGCUCAACUGCAGACCUGCUGAAGCAAGGGGCAGCCUGCAAUGUGCUCUUCGUCAACUCUGUGGACAUGGAGUCUCUUACUGGGCCUCAGGCCAUCUCCAAAGCCACAUCUGAGACAUUGGCUGCAGACCCCACGCCAGCUGCCACCAUCGUUCACUUCAAGGUCUCUGCCCAGGGAAUCACUCUGACUGACAACCAGAGAAAGCUCUUCUUCAGACGCCACUACCCCCUCAACACGGUCACCUUCUGUGACCUGGAUCCACAAGAAAGAAAGUGGACAAAAACAGAGGGUGGUGUCCCUGCUAAGCUCUUCGGCUUCGUGGCCCGGAAGCAGGGCAGCACCACGGACAACGCCUGCCACCUCUUUGCUGAGCUCGACCCCAACCAGCCUGCCUCUGCCAUUGUCAACUUCGUCUCCAAGGUCAUGCUGAACGCUGGCCAAAAGAGAUGAACCCUGCCCCUUGUCCAGGGCCAGUGCCAUGGGGAAGGGGCACUUGGGGAGGGGACCGAUGAAUCCUGACCACUCUUGAACCCAGAAAGAGGACUUUGGGCCAAUUUCGGAGGAGAGAAGAAAGUGCAACGUGGGGAGAGGGAAGUGAAUUGCAAAGGGGAGGGGGAAGAGAAAGAGAGAAAGAGAGAAAGGAAAAGAUGGAGGAGAAGAACUUGGAUUCCCCUGGGUGGAUGGGAACUGCAAAAACCCAAAGCCUCCAAAACUAACCAGGUCCGCCUAACACCCCCUCCCUCCCCCGAGAAGAUGGAUGUCCUCAAAAGAGAAGGAACGAACCUCCUUGGGGAGCCACAUUUUUAGGGGAGUGGAAAAGCUCUGUCUCCCUAACCCAGUGCUUUCCAAGGAGAUAUCAGGCUUGGGGGAAAUCUUUUUCUGGCCACCUGUAGGGUAGGUUUUGACACCAAACAGAGCCACCAUGGGACAUCAAGUGGCAGAACUUAUUCUCUUGAAAGUUUCUCAGACCCAAGGCACCUCAGGUCUCUUUGCCGUGCCUCCGCUGUAUUGCCGUGUGGGUGUAUGUGUGUCCCCACCCACAUCCGUAAACAUUGAUGUAGAUCUGCCUUUAUCCACUAGAAUUAUAAACAGCCCGGCUUGUCCAUGUCCUGUGUGUUUGUAGACACAUGCAUACUGUCCAAAGAUUAGGGCUGGCAGUGGCAGGGCAGCAGGGGAGGGACAGAAACCCUCCUCUGAAUGAACCACCAAGCUAUGGGAGACAGGGGCUCUCUCCUGGUGCCUGCACCCACACUCUAGUGACCCUGGGUGCCGCCAUCCCCUUCUCCUCUACAAAGACCCCAGCAGGAGUAGGAGGGUCUGCAAUGUCAUCGCCCUGUCCUGCCUUGGCCGGAAGGCUGGAGCUUUGGUUUGAGGAUGUGGAGAUAUGUGUGUCCAUGGGAAGAGAUCUGUCAGGACAGGUGGGCUGUUGAGCUCGGGGUGUCUUCCCCGAGGUGUGUGACUCAGCAGCAAGGAAGGCACGUUGUUCCUCCUGGGGCUUUGGACUCUGCCUUAGUGCCCACCUCUCAGCCCUGUUCUUGGGUUUCAUGCCCCAGGACCAGCCUUAUCUCAGACCUGCUUACCUGCAUGAUGCCUUUCUGGAGGCUGGGGAUUGAGCCUUCCUGCUCUGCCCAGCCUUGUUCUAUUCUGCAGGGUCCCUGUGUUGGAAUUCACCCUGGGGAACCUGCUUCCUGCUCAGUGAGGCUCAGGGCAGAAACCUGCAGUCCUUAUCCUCCCCCUGUAAGAGCUUCGGGGUCUGGCUUUUGCAGGCAGUCUCUGACAUCAGCAGAACUCCUGCGACUGCUACCUGUAUACCACAUGGCCUAACUACAAUGCCAAAGCCUCCUGUCCUGUCCCCCUUUCUGCCUUGGUUUCCCCAGCUGAGCCAUGCUGCCCAUGCAGCAGAAGGCUUACAUUUGGGCCAAAGGGCCUGAGGUCCACUGGACAGUUGGGAAAACACCUGACCACCAUUUAAGGACUCUAAGCCAGAAUGGAAAAUUCACCGGGACUCCAUUCUUAAGCCUAUGGGGGGUCCCCUAGAGAGAGGCAUUGUACUGAUAUAUAAAUAUUAUAUAAUAUAUACAUGAGACAUACUGACAGAAUCUGUAAGCUAAUAAAAUGUACGGAAAGGUUAAAAAAAGAAUAGGUAAAUUGACAAGAAGUAUUUAUUGUUUUUCCAUAUUGCUUUAUUACCUUCCCCGGGCAUGAACCAAUUCCCACCCCUUUUUAUAUGUAUAAGUGAAGCCUGAAGUGUAGGGGCCUUUGUUCUUGGAGCAGCCAGGGUCUCCUUGCCCUGGCCUUGGCCUUCCCUAGACUGUGUGGGGCUCAGUGUUGCGGGGGGUGAGGGGUGCACUUGUUCCACCCUUUGGCCUCCUUACUUUUCAGCAAGCCAGGGGCCCAGCAGUCAGCUCCCAGGAUGUGUGGGGAGCUGCCCUGUCUUGCAGGCCUGAGCGAGUAUGUGAGCAUGUGGGGACAUGGGUGUGUAUGGCACACAGGGGUGUGUGUGCGCCUUUUGUAUUUUUUCUCCUCCAAGGAGCUGUGUCAGUGUGGACGUUCUGCUUCAGGGAGUUGGAAAGGAGAGUGUCUGCAGAAGGCGGGGAGCAGGGGCAGAGGCCUCACCGGCCACCCCCUGCUUCCCAGAGUGAAAUCUUGUGCCUGGUGACCGAGGUCCCUCCAAAGUACUCUUCUUUCUGAGAUAGUUAAGCCAAAUAUCUGGGUUCCCCCUCUCCUGAUUCCUUAGCAAACCCCAAUUACCUUCCAAGAUAGGAGAUAUUUCCCAUCCCUUUCCUUUGUAAAUGUCUCAUCUCCCACGGGACAGCCCGGCAGCUUCUUCCCGGACCGGAUGUUCUGUCCUCACUUGAGGCUGGGUGGUGGAUUAGACCCUUCAAGCAGCCUGGCUGGGGCCCAGGACUGAGUUGGGGGUCAGCUUUCACCAUCGCUUUCCCCUUCCUCACCACCCGCUGCAGUCCACCUCACAUGCGCGGCCAGCUCCUCCACUGCAGCCUGAGCUGUGUGUGCCCCUGGGGGAGGACCCGUUGAUGCUGGAAAGCUGGAAACUCCUUCCCAGCAUCCCUGUGGGAGUCAGUUUCCGAGAAUGUGGCCUUUCAAGGUGAAUGAUGGGGAAGGGUUCCCCAGUCCCCACAGUGGCCCCACUCCUGGGCCCUGCACCAAAACCCUCCUGUGUCACAGGGGGCUGUGCACCCAUGCACACACCUACGCACACAUACCACUCCGCACUGCAGUAUAUUCUUGCCAAAGAUUUCCUUUAAAAGAAAGCACUUUUAGUAAUUAUUAUUUUGUGUUUAUCCUCUUCUGUCUUCUCCCUCCCUCGAUCAAUUUUACUGUUGUUUAUUGUUGAAUCUGUUUGUCAGCCAGGAGAGCGCUGUCUGGUCUGGAACAUGGGCUGGGACGGGAAAGGGUCUGGGAGAAGAUGGGCAAGGAAGAGCCGGGAGUCACAGCCAUCGCGGGAUACAGACCCAGGCAGGCUCAGGCCUGUGCUGCCACUCACUCUCCAGCUGGGUGUCUGAGGGAAGAGGGCAGGGGAGGGUCGGGUCCCAUUCAGCUGGGGGAGGGGUCCAGUGAGCUCCACGUGACUCUUACCCAGGGAGAGCAAGAGGGAAGGAUUGGACGAUCAAAUAAUGGAGAGGGGACCUAAGAAGGAAACCCAGGAGGAAAUGAGUGGUUUGAUCAGCCUGCUAUCACAGUGUCCUGGCUCUCUUAUUUGGCCAUGCAUUUGAGGGACAGAUACAUCAAGUCCUAAGUUUGGGAAAGGCCUUUGACCCAUCUCAUCUGAGCCUCUCCUCCAGUAGCUCUGAAAGCUGUGGAUGCUGAUGGCCAGGAUUCCUUCUCCCCUGGUUUUUUUAGGAUCCCUGGGUGUUCUGAGACUGGACAGGAGAAGGUUGGUGGGGCCAGUGGCCGUGUGACAACAGGAGGGGGUAGCCCUCCUGGACAAGUGUGAUCUCCCUAGAGGGGGCUCUCAGGAGGUUGGUGAGUAGGGGAUUCUGCCUUGUUCUGAUGAGCCUGUGCAGAGGCUCUGGGGGGUCACAGAAGGGUGGCGAGUGUGAACAGAUCCAGUCUCACUCCCACUUUUGUCCACCACCCCUGCCUUCUGGAUCUUCUCCCCCUAAUUUUUCCGGCUUUAGGACCUGGGGAGAUCAUGUGAGCCAAGGGAGACACCCACUCCCGCCCCCACAUUCAGCGUCCUCCUAGAGGUUGGGGGGCAGAGUCCCAGAGCAGCCCUUUACCCCAGGUCCAGGCCCUGGAGUCCUGAGACUCGUGUUUCCUUGGCCAGUGGUACCACAGGACGUGUGUGUGUGGAUGUGCAGGUGUGGUUGUGUGUGUGUGCAUGUGUUUCCCUCAUCUCUUUAGGGAACUUGGGGGUGGGGGUUGGAGGUGCUGGGCAAUGGAACUUCAAGUUCAAUGUCGCCCAGCAGUGAGGGGAGUCGGGGGCAGGGCCUGUAGGGCCACCCAUCAGUGGAGUCUCAGUGCUGGUCCAGGUGAGGAGCGGGCCACCCAGAGGGGCAGGGUAGGGGCCUCAGGCAGAUCUGUCCCUCUUGGCUCCUCUGUCCUCAAAUGUCCAAAAUGUUGGAGGACCUCUGUUCAUAUCCCAUGCCAGGGCUCUUGCCAGCAGAGGAGUUACUGUAGAGGGAUGUCCCAAGCUUAUUCUCCAAUCGGUGUUAAGCCGUUCCAAACUAUCCUGUGUGUGUGUGUGUGUGUGAGCACAUCAGUGUGUGCAGGCCAUGCUUCCCAAUUUCUCUCUUCCCUUCAGACCCGCCAUUCAGAACAAAUGUCAGAAAUUCCUUCCCACCUCCCUCCCUGCCUCCCCGGCCCUCUGCGGGAGAAACAAGAUCACCCGGCAUCCUCCCCAACCCCGGCUGUGUAUUUAUAUAGAUGGAAAUAUACUUUAUAUUUUGUAUCAUCGUGCCUAUAGCCGCCAGCACCGUGUAUAAAUCCUGGUGUGUGCUCCUUAUCCUGGACAUGAAUGUAUUGUACACUGACGCGUCUCCACUCCUGUACAGCUGCUUUGUUUCUUUGCGAUGCAUUGUAUGGCUUUAUAAAUGAUAAAGUUAAAGAAAAAUC